UGUGCAGGAGCAAUAGGGCAGCCAGAUCUUGUAACAGCAGCCUUGAAUACAUUGCAAGGAGUCAACUCCGAGUGAAAGGAAAGGACAACGUGAACUUGUAGGUGGCUUGGAGCAGAGCUUCAUCAUUCACAGUGAAAAUGAUAUUUAAACAACUCUUCUGGCUGGUGGCUUUGGUUGGGCUGGGGCAUUUUGAUGAAACAACUGUUGAACCAGAUGACACUGAAGCUGAACCUGUCACUGAUAUGAGCGAACCUGAACCAACUGCUGUUAUAAGUGAACCUGAAGCUCCAGAAACUAUUUCACAAGAAUCCCCCAAAAUAAUUAACGGCUGCCCAAACUGGAUGGCAGGAAUACCUGGCAGUCCCGGACAUAAUGGUUUUCCUGGUAAACCAGGCAGAGAUGGUCGUGAUGGUGCAAAAGGAGAAAAAGGGGAAACAGGAUUGCCAGGACCAAAGGGUGAUGAAGGACUGCCUGGAGAACCAGGUGUGGAUGGAGAACAAGGGCUUCCUGGCCUGCCAGGACACAAAGGAGAAAAGGGAGACAGUGGUUAUUAUUACCGCUCAGCAUUCAGCGUGGGACUCACCACAAGAAAUCCUGUCCCAAACAUCCCCAUCAAAUUCUCCAAAAUCUUUUACAAUGAUCAAAAACACUACAAUGAAGAGACUGGCAAAUUCACCUGCCCUUAUUCUGGGGUGUACUUCUUUUCAUAUCACAUUACUGUUUAUACUAAGGAUGUCAAAGUUGGCCUGUACAAAAACAACAAGGUUAUAAUUUUCACUUAUGAUCAAUUUCAGAACAAUAAUGUAGACCAAGCUGGAGGUUCUGUUGCAGUACAUUUGGAUGAGGGGGAUGAAGUGUGGUUACAAGUUUAUGGAGACAAUACAUUUAAUGGGAUUUAUGCUGACAACAAUAAUGAUUCCACAUUUACAGGAUUCCUUCUGUACCCAGAUCUGCAUUAAAUAAUUUUUAUUACCAUUACAGAAUUUCUAAACACAUUUUGUUAAGUUUGUCACUACUGACAAUUUAUGAGCUGAAAACACU